AAUCAAUUUUAUAAAUUUACGAACGCUUGAUCCCGUUUCUGAUCAUGAAGAGUUGCGAAAUUCGUGGGCGACAAAAAGGUGACAUGAAUCCAACAAAUUGAACUAGACACGUCAAUAGUUGCAAGUCUAAAAUUCAAACACCAAAAAGAAAUUUAACAAAUACUUCAAUUAAACAUUUUUUUUUUGUGAAGAAGCAAAAAUUAGAAUUUAUUGGUAUUGAUAGCUAUAGCAUGGAUAUUGAUACAUGUACUGUAGCAGAUCAAGUACUAGAUAGUAAAAAUAUAACGCCCUCUACAGCCUAUGUUGAAGUAAACGAUGAUCUGGUUGAACAGAUUUCAUUAAAAGUAUGAACCAUGUCAGCCCCUUCCAUGGGAACUUUCCAUUAAAUAUCUUGCAACCUCAAGAGAUAAUCAUGGUGUUAAUUGGACGUUCCAUGAAUCAUAUUAUUACAAUGCAUUACCAAACGGAUCUUUAGUAAAACGUACCUGAUUAUCAUACUCUGUAUCUAUGAACAACGUAUACUGUAUAUCUUGUAAGUUGUUUGGACUAUUCAAGGCGAAAAAGGUAUUAUUGGCUCAAAAAAGAAUAAAUGAUUGGAAAAAUUUAAAAAGAAAUUUAGACGACCAUGCUCAUAAUACCGAACACUUACAAGCUGAGAUUAGCCGUGGGCUAUUUUCCAAAAAUGAUAGAAUUGAUUUAAAACUACUUCAUUCUAAUCAUCAAAAAAUAUCAGAAAACCGAGAAGUUCUUCUGGCUAUUAUAAAUGUUUUGUUGUUUUAAGCUAGACAAAAUAUUGCAAAAUCUAGAUAAUUUCAUAGAGAUGUUGAAACUUAUCGGAGAAUAUCAUGGGCCUCUAAUAAAUUAUUUAAAUAAAGUCUGGUCCUCAACAAGAAAUCGACUUACAUUUUUAUCUCAUAAAUCUCAGAAUUCCCUUUUGAAAAUUAUGGAAAAUCAAGAUCAAUCAUCUAUAGUUAAAGAAUUGAAGGACAGUGGAUUAUUUGCCAUUAUAAUUGAUACCACUACUGAUAUUGCUAACAUACAGCAAUUUACUUUUGUAGUGAGAUAUAUUUAUGAAGGUAAAUCAUAUGAAGGAUUAUUGUGCUUAGAAGCAGCUACCGACGCGACUAUAAAAGGAAUGUUUGAUACUUUUCGUUGUAUUACUGAUAACUACCAAAUUAAUUAGAAAAAUGAUCAUUGUGCGCAAUCAUAUGAUGGAGCUGUUUAUAUACAAGGGGAGUAUUCUGGUUUGAGAACAUUUAUCCUAAAUUAAAAUCCACGAGCAGUAUAUGUCUGGUGCUUUGCUCAUAUAAUGAAUUUAAUAAUUGUUGACAUAUUAGACUAUACUACAAAUAUAAGAAAUUUUUUUUGGAGAAUUUCAAGGCUUAGUAAGUUACAUUAGGGCUAGAAAAUGUACAGCAACAUUUUAUGAAUGCCAAAAUAAUUUAAAAGUGGGACCAAAAUCUAAAGACCGAAUUCGGAAAAUAAAAAAAAAAAAUGUUGAUAUUAGAUGGACGUCACAUGACUGCGUUAUUUCUGUGAUACAUGAUAAAUUUGACAGAUGAAUUGAUUCUUUAAAUAUACUGUCUAGCUUAACACAUAGAAUAACAUCUUCAAA